UUAUAUUAUUAAAUGGGUUCACGAAUUCCUUUGCUAACCAAAAGAACAAAAGUUGUUAUGCCAUCUCAUCAGAAAUCAAACAUCAUCCAGUCCAGCGACUCAAACGGCAUUUCUUGUUUUGUUUGCUAAAAGUAAUGAAAGUGUGUGGUUCAACUGCUAGACCUGCCCACCUACAUAGGAAUUUCGCGUGCUCCGCGAAACGCUUCAAUCAACCAACAACGCGUCCGACCCCAACCGAUGCUUCUUGUUCUGAUUAGAUAACCUACUUGAUGUCAAAACGACUCGGAAAUUGAUGGCUUUGAAAUGUGUUGCUUUGUUGGGGUGGAGGAGUGAAUAUGAAUAUUCCUGGUGGAACCGGAACAAACCCUCUAAAUCUAAUUUGGCACCCGUUACCAUUAGAUGGUUUUCGCGUCAGAGGUCAAUAAACUCCGUUCAAGGUGGCAAAGUAGCUGCUACUCAUAACCACGGAAGGAAAUUCCAUAAGGAUUUGACUUCUCUCCCAAAGCCGUUAACUGUUGCUGAUUUAUCAGUCACUCUUGAUGAUUCUUCAAAGGUGCGGAUAUCAUUUAAGGGGAUGCUAGGUUCUUACAGCGAGGAUGCUGCACUCAAAGCCUACCCUAAAUGUGAAACAGUGCCAUGUGAUGAGUUUGAAGAUGCAUUUAAGGCAGUUGAAUUAUGGCUAGCUGAAAAGGCAGUUCUUCCCAUUGAGAAUUCUUCUGGUGGUAGCAUCCAUCGCAACUAUGAUUUACUCCUUCGUCAUAGGCUCCAUAUUGUCGGUGAGGUGCAGCUGCCUGUUAAUCUCUGCCUACUAGCUCUGCCGGGGGUCAGAAUCGAGCAGUUGAAGCGUGUGUUAAGUCAUCCCCAGGCACUUGCCGUAAGUGACAUUUUCCUGUGUAAGUUGGGUGUUCCCAGGGAAAAUGUUGAUGAUACAGGUUUUGCCGCUCAGUAUGUAGCCUCAAAUGGCUUGAGGGAUGCUGCUGCUGUUGCGAGUAUUAGAGCUGCAGAAGUCUAUGGGCUUAAUGUACUCGCUGAGAAAAUUCAGGAUGACUCUGACAAUAUCACUCGUUUUCUGGUACUUGCAAGGGAUCCAAUAAUUCCAAGGACUGAUAAGCCCUUUAAGGCAACUUUUCUUUUUCAUCCUUAUAACCUAGAAUUACUUUAUGUUCCCUCAAGAGUUCCCAGUUUCGAAUAUAACAUUUCCUCAUUCCAGACAAGCAUUGUAUUUACUUUGGAAGAAGGACCAGGUAUAUUGUUUAAAGCUUUGGCAGUGUUUGCACUGAGAGACAUAAAUUUGACAAAGAUUGAAAGUAGGCCACAGAGAAAACGGCCAUUAAGAGUUGUUGAUGACUCAAACACUGGUGCUGCCAGGUACUUUGACUAUCUUUUCUAUAUCGAUUUUGAAGCUUCUAUGGCUGAGCCUCGUGCUCAAAAUGCUUUGGGACAUUUGCAGGUUUGGUUUCUCGUUUUUAACUAUGCAUAUUUUGGCUGUUGUUAUGCCAUUGAUUUCUAAUUUACCAAAGUCUGUAUAUAUCCUAGUACAAACUUUUAAUUGCUGCUGUCAAUUUGUCUUUUAUUUUAUGCAAUGUUUUCUCAUACUGUAUUUGUUUAUUGCUUGAGAAAGUAAUCCUCAGUUCCUGCCUUCUCAUUCGGAACAUAACUGACUUCCUGAUUAAUAUUCUUAUUUUAAGAGGUCAAGAAUAUUGUAUCAAAGGUUGCUUUACAUGUUUUAGGAAAUUAUAAAAGUUGGAUGGUCUAAGCGUAAGUGAAAAUGAAGUGUCAACUUAUUAAUUUGUUACUGGUUUUUCUUUCAGUUUUAUUUAAUUCUUUAUACUAUAAAAAUUUUAUAGUUCAUCAUACAUAUAAGUUCAUGUCUUUAGGGUCAAUUUGGAUGGGUGAUGAGAUUAAUUGUAGUAAGAUUAAAAGUAGCAGUAGCGGUGAAAUUAGUUACUGUAAUGAUGAGAUUAAAAUUAGUGACAGAGUAUGUAUUUGAAUGUAAUCACAGUAGUGACGGUAAGGUAAAAUAUAGUGAAAAUAAAAAAUGACC